AUGUUUCCCACUGGAGGUGGAAGCUCCCAAACCGUGGCCCAGGAACCAGCAGCACCGCAACCUCGCCCUGGUCUUGAUUUAUUCAGAGCUUUUGCCAGUUUAACCGGUCAGAACUCACAUUCCCACCAGCCCACAAAUCAGUACAUCGCUUCCUUGAGCCAGCCUUCUGUUCACGCUGCCCAAUUGGCUGCUCAGCAACAUUCACCCUCGAUUUCACUGCUGCAACAAGGAAUCAAUCGUCAGACUGCCCCGCAUCAAGACGCCCAUUCUGAACCAUCAAAUCAGGCGAUGCGUGACGAUUUUCACCGACGGCCGUCCUUGAUGUCAAAUUUCUUCCCACCCCACUUGAGCCAUCAACAAGGGACCAGCAGAGAUGAAAGCAACCACCUUGAUGUCGACACAAGUGGAACUUUUGCUGGAAUCAAGGUAGACCCUUCUCCUGGAGGAUCGGCAACGCUUUCGGAUAGAGAGCUUGAAGAGGAAUACGAAUUGGGGUGA